AUCGGUAUGGUUUGUAUUUCGCGACGGUUUUGACAUGCAUCGGUCGCACGAGUGAUAUCACGAAAUUUCCGACGUAAACGAACGAUCGCACGGAUGGAUCGGACGGCGGCCGUGUGAUCUCGACGGGGGCCGUGAGAAAAAAAUUCGUCGGUGCUUUAACGUAAAAUGAAAUGCGCGUUAUCAUCAAUCUAGACGCGUAAUUUACCCCGAUCCGCAUUUAUUCGGCUGUCCGCCGGUCACUGAACGGUCGCACGGCACUCUCUCUUCACCGAGAGAAAGAGAGAGAGAGAGAGAGAGAGAGAGAAAGAAAGAAAGAGGGAGAAAGCUCGCAUUUCCCACUUCGAAAUCACCGAAUCGUCUUUAUCUUCCGCCGCUCGAUUGCGACGAAGUUUGGGGGACAAAGUCAUGUCGGACAAGCCGGCCGAGACCACAGAGGAUGACAAUUCCGUCACGAUGCUCGAUGUCCUCCAAGUGGAGAAUCAGCUCGAGGAGGACGCGUACGCUGUUCUAGGCGCUUCCGACGACCAGAACUGUACUUACAACAAGGGAUAUAUGAGACAGGCUCUGUACGCGUGCAAAACCUGUUCCAACAAGACCCGAGCCGCGGUUUGCCUGGCGUGCAGCUUCCACUGCCACGAAGGACACGAACUUGUGGAGUUGUACACAAAACGACACUUCAGGUGUGACUGUGGCAAUUCAAAGUUCGAGGGCAAGCAGUGUAAUUUAGAGAAGCAAAAAUCUGCUACCAACAAUGAGAACAAGUACAAUCAGAAUUUUGAUGGAGUCUACUGCACCUGCGCCCGACCAUAUCCUGAUCCUGAGGGCGACGAUGACGAAAUGUUGCAAUGUAUAAUAUGUGAAGAUUGGUAUCACUCGAAGCAUCUGGAGGUUGAUUACGUGCCGGCCGACGACACGUACGACGAAGUAAUUUGCGCACGUUGCAUGAAAGAGCAUAAUUUCCUGUGGAGAUAUGCAGCCAAGUAUGCAGUUAUAGGCAAGGCAGACGCGACAUCCGACAACAAAAGCGAAGAGGUGAACGUGUGCGAGCUGCCGAAAGAUUGUCAGAUGCCGAAAUGCAACCCUGUUAACACCAAGGGAAGCUGCUUUUGGAAGGAGGGCUGGAGAACUUCAUUGUGCACUUGCGACGAAUGCAAAUCUAUAUAUAAUGCAAAAGAUGUUGCAUUUUUAAUCGAUUUGAAGGACAGUGUGCAAGCAUAUGAGGAAGCAGGCAAAGUGAACAAGAAAGAAUCUCAAUACGAGAAAGGUAUGAAGGCCUUGGCGAGCUUGGAGCAUGUACAGCAAUUGACGGCAAUCGAAGAAUACAACAAUAUGAAGGAGCGACUUAUGCAAUAUUUACAAAAGUUUGCUGAAAACAAGAAGGUCGUGCGUGAAGAAGACAUCAAGGAGUUCUUCUCAGGAAUGGAAUCGAGAAAGCGUCCCAGGGUAGUAGUGCCAACGUAUUGUCGUUGAAGCUUGUAUUUUAAUAUAACAUUAAUCUCCCACAUUGCUACGUAAAAAUUAUACAAAUAAAGAUAAGCACUUUAUUAUGUUUUUAUGGCAAGCUAUCAUGUAUCUCGGUUUUUGAAAAAUUCUCUGUUUAAUCCAUACGUCAUUGCAUCACGCUUACAGUAUUUUAACAAUUUCAUAAUACGUAAUUAAACAGAUAGAAUUAAAAGAGAAAAAUAUAAUGAGAAUGUAAAUUUGAAACUAUAAUACAUGUCAAAAAAAACUUAUGAAUAAAGAGAUCCACAAUUUCUUUUGCAA